UCCUCCCUUUUUUUCACGUCGAUAAAUAAACAAAUAUUUGGGCGAUAAGAGUCGUUUUUAACGAAUUGGGAGCAUUUUAAAGUGGCGGGUUCGACCGUAAAUUCGAAAUAAACCAUUAACUCUGACCUAAUUUUCGAAAGGUAAUUUUUCUCCUCCGAAAAUAAAAAAUAAAAGAAGUGGGGAAGGAUAUUUGGGAGCGGAGGAUUUAUCGUCCGAAGAGUACAUUUAUACGAAUCUCGAGGGUGGCGUGAAAAAAAUUGGCAAUCCCCGCGGAAUACGACAUAAUAGGAGGCGACGGUGUCCGAUCCGCCCCAGGGAUUCACUCGUCUAAACAUAGAGUCUCGGAGAUAAGAAAAAUUCCGGUUUACUGGCGUUACCUAUAGGUAUUGUAAACAAGUAAUUGCCGUAUUAAUAAUAAAAAAAAAAAUCUCCCGCAGCCAUAGCGUAAUUACCCACGGAUCUAAUCCGCGACGAAAAUUGAUGCGUAUGUUUCUAUAAAACAUUUUUUUUUUUUUAAAAAAACACAGGAAGUUAACAACGUUUAUACCCGUAACUUCCUGUUAACAUUAAAGAAAGGAGUUAUUAAUGUAGUGGGACGGUCGAAUUUCUUUUAAGUCGCGAUUAAAGUAAUUCGGGGAUCAAUCUUAAACACUACCAUUACGUAUUCGAGGAAGGGAGGGAGUAAAAAUACUAAUCUUUCGAUUUACACCCCGAGAAAGGGAUUAAUUUUACGCACGUGUCCAUUGUAAUUAUUACGUCUGAUCGUCCUUUUUUUUUUUUUGUUUUACGCGUAGGAAUUCGACUGUUUUCCUUUGUUCAAGGCUAAACGAAGGAAGAGCCGGUGGUUUAGUGGGUACGAAUUGGAUUUGUAGACAAUAUAUAAAGGCGAUUUUGUUUGCCGACGAGAAUAUAUUUAGAAGGGAUAUUCGCAAUUUGAGCCUAGAAGCGUGGUAAAUUUAUUAGAAGAGACGAGGUAGAGCGUCUUCGCGCCCGAUGCCGUACGUAUAGGUUUGGAGGGGAUCAAUAUUUAAGCGCCAUCUCGAUUUCCGUUUUCGCAUUUAAAAAUAAACGUUUCUCAACCCUCCGAUAUUUUUACUCGCCAUCGACUCUUAACCGGAAUAAGGACGAGGCAGCGGAAUCGACGGGUAUAAAAAUAUCCCGCGGCUAGAACGGAACCUAAUAACGUUUCGACCCUCUUCCCCCUUGCGCGUGCGAUUCUUUGUUUUCGAAAAUUUAUCUCGGAAACUCGUUGCCUUUUAAAGGUCGGACUCGUUCACUCCUAUCGCACACCCUCCGCUUCCUCCGAUUUAUGAAAAUAGGUCGAGCUGUUCCAAGGUCGUUUCUACUUAACGGUCGACUUCUGGCCGAGGGGGUGCAUCCACUCCCGGUCUCAUUCUACCACCACCGGGCCACGAUUUACCGGCGCCCCAACGAAGCUUAGUAAAAAAAAAAGGGCCCGGUUAGACGGCGGAUAAAGUGGAAAACGUCGGGGGCCCCCCGACGACAUUCCGCGCCCGGCAUCGAUUAUAAAAGGACGAGAUUCCUGCCGGCUCUCCCCGCUCCGAGACGACGGAACCGGUUCCCGGUACUUUACUUUUGUCGGUAAAUAGAUACCCCCGCACUCAAGGCCCGUUUGGGGGGAAGUUCGGGUUGCGCGGAACCACCACCACCACCACCACCACCUCCUCUCUUCCCCUUUCCCCCCGCUGGAAAAUUAAACUCGACGCCUUCCGUCGGACCCACCGACCGGCGUAAACAAACUACGCGUAAUUACGCGGGUGCCAAAACGUAGCCGGUGGCGCGCCCGUUAAACGUAUGCGCUUCUCUUCUCGUCGCGCGUUAGUAUGUGAUGAGUCAGCUCGAGGAUACUUAUCGAGUCGUUGGCUACGCUUUUGGAUUUUGGCAACAAAAGAAAACUGAAGGGGUAUUCCGUAAGAUGUACUAUCCAAGUUCCUUUCCUAGUGUCCGGACGUUCGAUCCGCGCCAUAACAGCAUGGGUGGUCCCGUCGACGUGCCCUUAUUGACUCCCGGUCGAGAACGAGAAAUUCCGUUGGAUCUGUCGCUGAAGACGGUCCGACAGACGCCGGAAUCGACGGCCGAAUUCUUGAUGGAACACAGAAAGCUGCUGGGUUUUGUGACGUCGCAGUCUUUCAACAACCUGGGACGUCAGAUGCCUCCCAACAACGUCGGGGCCGAACCGUUCUUCGACCGGCCUCUAUUCCGCGUUCCGUACAGAGCUGCGGAUCAUUCGGUGGGGGUUCUGCCCCCUAUGACGUCUCAAUAUUGCGUGGACAACAGGACCGUGGCGUCGAAUGCAGCGAAUUCUCUGGGCUCUCAUCACCCCAUGAUGUCCAACUUAUUGCAGCACGAACACCAGCGAGUGACCAAACCCAUGAGGAAUCAAUCGCAACCCGUGCCGUACGUGGAUCCCAUGACCACUCUACCCAUCCAUCCCGCGCAGAACUUUAACGGCGACAUCAAACGCCCCGUGUACAAUCAGCAAGGACUGACGAAUAACGUGCUACCGUCUUACACUCUCUUCCCCGACAUGUCGGGCAUGGACCCGUCUAAGGACAAGAUGCACCAUCAUCACUCGGCGGGACGCGUAAACGGCGUGAACGGAUACGAUCACGCUCACUACACGGACCACUUGCAACGUUUUUGCGAUCAACAACCCCAACAGGUGGCGAGACCGGUACAACAGCAGGUUCCGCAACACGUGGCCACCGCCACGCACUACGGCUACUGUAUGCAAAAUACUCCCUGUAUGCCUACCAAAGACAAUAGAUCCAAGACGACCGUCAACAAUUAUCGGUAUCCCGCGGUAGAUCCUCGUUCUUCCGAAUACUGUCUUCCUCAAAACAAUUACUGCGUGCCGCCGACCUGCGCGGAGAACAAGAACGUCACCCAGUUGGGACCCACGAACUGGACGUCCGGUCUGUCGGCCGUUCCACCCACCAAAGUAGUCGCACCCGCUUCGUCACCCGUCCUGAAAAGAAAGGAAGGCGCGGGGGGUAACCAGAAGGAGAGCCCCCGCACCGCGCGCGAUUUUCCGGGACUUCCAAUCUCCGACAAGAAUCGGCAGGUAUCGUCGAACAGUCAAGAGAUCCGAGCGAGAUACGGGGGUCUGGACGAGAUCAACAUCGAGGCCAGGAACGACGACGACGACGUCAUAGUGAUCGAGGAAGACAGUUCCAACAACAGCGUCUUCACCGCCGCCUGGAAGCAGGUGAUGGCGGAGUUGGACGACAGACAAAAGUACCCCUUGGACCACGACGACUCGUGGAGAACGAUCAAACGGACGGCGGUGGAGACGGAGCCCACGGCUCCUCCCUGUUUGGAAGCGGUCAGACCCGACGAAUCCAGAAUGCCCGUGGACGUGUACAAUAGCGUUUCUAGUCCGCUGGGUCCUCCCCAACUCAUCGCCGCCGUCUCCUCGGCCCCCGCAUCCGAACCCACGCGAAUCUCCAUACCUCCCCCCAAACCUCUCAUCGAGGAACUGACGCUAGACGGCGCGCCUCAGACGUCGCAGAACUCGGAACCCCUGUUUCCCCGCAACGACGGGUUCGAUUCUUCCUUCCCUCUUCCUCCCACUUUCAGCGACUUGGACGAUCUGUCGGCGGUUUUUCGUCUGAAGUCCCCGGCGCCGCCGUCCACGACGUCGGCGGAGGACCCCAAAUGCAGGGAAGAGUGUUUCCCGACGGAGGUCCCGACACCCGUCAACGCGGACAAACACGAGGAACGUCGGGAGUCCAACGUGUUGAAGAAACUGCUGACGUCGACACCCUCCUGUGAUACGAACGCGGCCGCCAAUUUUCGGGUGUCGACUCCCGCUUCGACGGAGGCCGGCGGAGAGGGGGACAAGUUGGAGGCGCUUUCGGACUGCAGUCGAGAUUCGUCCAAACCCGGAAGAAAGAGGUCGAUGUUGGAGUGUUUGGCCGAUUCCGAAGGUUACGUGGCCGAGAAGAAGCGAUCGAAAACCACCGACUUAUUCGCCGAUCCCUCGCAAUUAGGACGCGAAGAAAGAGCUUUGCAGCGUGCGAUGUUGAGAUUUGAAAAAUUGGAGAAAGAGCAAAACAUCCAUCAUUCUCCAUCCCGUCCGAAAUGCAACAAAACCAUGAAAUCGAAAGAGGUUAUGGCUCUGGAAGCCGACGAAACGGCAUUUCCCAGGGAUGCUGCGGGUAGGAGAACUUACAACAAGAGUGCCUUCGUAGAUUUUAAGCCAGAAGUUCUGUCUUCUCGUACGAGAAACCAAUCGGCGGGUGGGGGUGUCUUUUUAGCUCACAAAUAUGCCAAUCACACGAAAAAAUACAACAAGAAUGCCGCCUACGAGGAGGAAUUACGUCGGGAAGCCAAGCGCUUGGCGGGAUUUCGAGCCAAGAGGAAGCUGAGGAAACGUUUGUUGGCUCGACUCUACAAAGAGAAGACGUCGCUGCACAAAGAACAACAGCAACAACAAACGGACGAAGAAGAGAAGGAAAGAAAGCCCAAGCAGGAACGACCCGUUUUGUCUCAGCUGAACCUUCAAUGGAGACCUUACAAGUGUCGUCGGCGCCAUUUUCGUUCGGGACUCGAUAUGAUCAAUCGAGGAAAGAAGAAAAUAAAAUCUUCGGGAGAACAACAGAGACGUCGUUUGCAGCUCUUGAAGAAUCGCCGCAAUCGCCUGUUGUUGCUGGACAAGGAGAGGAAGACGGCGUCGGAAACGGGUGGAGUACCUCCCGAUCUCAAGCGACUGAUGGUCAACAAAGCUUUGGGAGAAACGGUGCUUCACAGAGCCGCCAGAUUGGGCUAUUCGGAGGUGGUGCUCUACUGUCUGGAAACUAAUUACUGCGAAGUCAACGCUCGCGAUAACGCGGGGUACACUCCGCUGCACGAGUGCUGCAGCAGAGGACACGUCAACAUCUCUCGUUCCCUGUUGCAGUUCGGUGCCGACGUAAAUGCCAGCGCCGCGGGGGGAAUAAGGCCCAUUCACGACGCGGUGGAAAACGAUCACAUAGAAGUGGUGCGCUUGUUGCUCUCUUUCGGAGCGGAUCCCACCAUCGCCACGUAUUCCGGAAUGACUCCGCUCAAGUUGACUCAUUCCAACAUCAUGAAAGAAUUCCUCAGAGGUUAUAUAGCCGACAACAGUGGAGAAUACGACAAACAUCCCGUCCUUCCUUGGAUAUUUUACGGUUCCGUAUCGUCUCUCGAUCCACCCGAAAACGGAUACUGCAUAUUCGAAAGCGUGCCAUCCGACAACGAAGCGGACGAGAACGAAGACGACUUUCUGUUCGAGAUCAGCGACAAACCCCAUCUACCCACCUUUCGCAUCCACUUAUCCGGAACCGCGGGCAAAGUGCCACACAAUUACCUACGUCUGUCGGACGUGCUCAAACAGACGGGACUGACGAUAGAGGAAUUUCGGAGGGUUCACAGUCACAUAGAGAUCGUCAGCGUGACCAAAACCGAAUUCGAAACGAGCAGCUUGAGCAGUCAGCUGUUAACGGGUUCGAGCAAACCGCCGGUGGAGGAACCGGGAUCGACGGUAUCCGUCGUCAAAUUGGACAACAAUAUUCGUGAAGUAUUGGGCAUCGAGACCGUCACGCUCCGAUAGACACCGCCACGUGCCACUUCGAAGCGAUAACUGUGAUGUGAUUACGGGUACGAGGGAGAUCGGACGUUGUCAUCUUCCGUGCGGCGGCCAAAAAACAAAAAAAUCUCGUGCGAGGAAGACUUCUCGGCAUGGCCUCCUCUCGCACUGUACAUAUGUAGAUAACGGCAGUGUAGUUCCUAUGUAUUCGUGACGUGUCGUGUUUUGUGCUCCGAACGAGAGAAACUCUGUAUCCGUGUUUUGCUUAAUAUUAAAAUCUCCCAACGUCA